CAAUUAUCCGACGUCCGUCUGUAGUAUCCUUUAAUUGGAUAAACAAACAAUAAUAUCUAUCAUCAACUUUAACCUCAUGCGUUAAAUUAAACAUCAGUAAUAUUAUGUGAUCGCGUUUAUUUUAUCUUUACGUACUUUCUAUAAUAUCCAUUGCACGAAUUUUGUAUUUCUGAUGUUAAAAUGUCGGGGUAUGCUUUAUUAAUAAAUGUUUUGUUAUUGAACUAUUUUCUUGUAGUGGAAGUUCAUGGUGGUUUUCUGCGAUUAAAAAGAGAAGAUAAUGAAACAGAAAAUAAUAUAAUAGAAGUUUUCCAUGACUGUAAAUGUGUGUAUUACUACCAGUGCGAUGCAAAUAAUAGAGUGAUUACAAAUGGUGAAAAUUUAAUUGACGUAAGAAUGGGUGAAAACGUUCCCAAACCAGAGAACACGACCAGAAUCCAAUGUAAAGGAGGAACAUUCGAAGGAGAACUUAUCUGCUGUAAAGUUAAUGGAACUGAAAGUAGUACUGAGAAAGUAAUUCCGGAUAAAAACCAUGAUAAUGCCACUGUUGAUCCAAUGCAUCAGUGCGGAACUCAGAGAACCAAAAUUAAUGUCAGAAUUAUUACCGAUGAAGACAGCGAUGAAGAAAUCAAUCCACUCGAUGGAGAGUUUCCAUGGAUUACUGCUAUUUACAGGAAAAAUAAGCAAGGAAAAUGGUAUUUUUAUGCCAGCGGAACGCUGAUACAUCCCAAAGUCAUUUUGACAGCUAAUCACUAUUUCAAUAGGAAACAUGCCAAUAACUUUAAAGUAAUCCUAACUGGUAAUAUAGAACUAACUAACAUUGGAAAUAAUAUUAAUAACGAGCGAAAUGUGGCAGAAAUAGUAAACCAUCCAAAAUAUUAUGCAGGUGCCCUUUACAAUGAUGGAGCUCUAUUGAUAUUAGAUAAACCUUUCGAAUCUACGAAUACAAAUUCGAUAAAUACCCUGUGUUUACCACCUGACAAUCUUAGCAUGAAUUCUGGCAGAUGCCUUGUCGCAGGAUGGGGAAAGGGAUCUGAGGAAGCAGGUACACAAAUUUUGAAAAAAGUUGACUUACCAAUUGUCCCGUUCGAUAAGUGUCAAGAACAGCUCCGUAAAACCAGGAUGGAUAGCGAUUAUAUGCUCCACGAGUCAUUCAUGUGUGCAGGUGGAGAGAAAAAUAAAGAUGCCUGCAAGGGAGAUGGAGGAAGUCCUUUAAUGUGUUUACUUCCUGGACAGACUAGAUAUUUUGUUAUGGGAGUAGUUUCUUGGGGUAUCGGUUGCGGAACCGAAAAUGUUCCUGGUAUUUAUGCCAGUGCCAUUAAAUUGAAACCUUGGGUGUUAGACGAACUGAAAAAAAGAAAUUUAAAGAUAUAGGUUUUUGUAUUUUAUCUAUAAUAUACGCUUUUUAUACAUUUA